AUGGGCACAUUGCUGGUGUCGAAGGUGCGCGAGGAGUACCCGGACCGCAUCAUGGAGACCUUCUCCGUCAUCCCGAGCCCCAAAGUCUCCGACACGGUCGUGGAGCCUUACAAUGCUGUUUUGAGCUUCCACCAGCUCGUGGAGAACUCCGACGAGUCUUUCUUGUUGGACAAUGAGGCGCUCUAUGACAUCUGCUUCCGAACCCUCAAAUUGACGACGCCGACUUACGGCGACCUCAACCACCUGGUUUCUGCGGCAAUGAGCGGGGUCACCUGCUGCUUGCGCUUCCCAGGGCAGCUGAACUGCGACCUGCGGAAGAUCGCAGUGAACUUGGUGCCAUUCCCGCGCCUGCACUUCUUCAUGACAGGAUUUGCUCCGCUGACGUCCCGUGGCUCUCAGCAGUACCGGGCUCUCACAGUUCCCGAGCUUACUCAGCAGAUGUUCGAUGCAAAAAACAUGAUGUGUGCGGCUGAUCCUCGCCACGGGCGCUACCUGACGGCAGCAGCCCUCUUCCGUGGCAGGAUGUCCACGAAGGAGGUGGAUGAACAGAUGCUGAAUGUUCAAAACAAGAACUCGUCGUACUUCGUCGAGUGGAUCCCGAACAACAUCAAGGCGUCCGUCUGCGACAUCCCACCGAAAGGCCUGAAGAUGGCCGUGGCCUUUGCGGGCAACUCCACCGCAAUCCAGGAGAUGUUCAAGAGGGUCGCCGAGUACUUCACGGCCAUGUUCCGGCGCAAGGCUUUCUUGCACUGGUACACGGGUGAGGGCAUGGAUGAGAUGGAGUUCACGGAGGCCGAGUCCAACAUGAACGACCUCGUGUCGGAGUACCAGCAGUAUCAGGAUGCGACUGCUGAGGAGGAGGGCGAGUUCGACGAGGAGGAGGGCGAGUAUGACGGGUGA